AUGGUCGCAACCUUGCUGGCAUCAUUUGUUGCGGUGCGUUGCUGGCCGUCGUCACCGUUUGUGAUGGGUCAGCGAACGUCCGCUCGGGACACCCUGGUAUCAAGACGAGCCGGAAAUCCCUUCGACGUGUUGGGCCUGCCUCGGAGCGCUUCCUACGACGAGAUCCGCUCAGCUUUUCGCAGCCUGGCCAGGACAUACCACCCUGAUGUGCCAGGUACUGGUGACGAGGAUCGCUUCCGCUCUAUUCGCGAGGCCUUGGAGCAGCUAGGCACUGCGGAAGGGCGGGCCCGUUGGUCUUCCACGAAAAAGGCGACGUCUAGAUCAGCCGACAGCUACGCCUACAGUAGCUACAGUAGCUACAGCAGCAGCAGCGGCAGCAGCAGCUAUGGCUACAGCACUCGCCACAGGCAAGGCCAGAGCAGUUGGGAAGAGGAAGUUCGAAGCCGAAAGACUCGACAAGAGGAGCAGCGAUGGAGGCAGCAGCAGAAGCAAGAGAGGGAUGCACAGAAGCAGGCCAAGGCCGCUGCUGCUCAAGAUGUGUUCUUCGAGCGGGAACUGCGCAAGGCGAUCGCGUCUGCAAAGCACCGACAGGCGAAGCGGCGAAAGGAGUGGCAGCAGGGCGUGAAGGAGGUGCUGGAGACAGUGCGCAAGCAGCAGAAGGAGGAUAUCCAUCUCGGCUGGGACACGCUUGAUGCCUUCAAGCAGAGAAGGAAGCAACAACUGGAUGACGAGGCAAGAGUGUGGAAAAGUCGUCUGGAAGCAGAGCAAGAAGCGACAGCUUCCCAAAGAGAGAAGGACGGAAAGAUCUGGGUGCAAAAGUUCGCCCAUGUUGAAGAAGAGGCCUCUUAUCGUCGAGAGGAGCUUGGACGCCGGUACUCGAAGAGGCUGCGGGACUUUCGAGAAGACCUGCAGCAGAGAGCUGAGAACACCGAGGAGGUCCUAGCCGAGAAGAUUCAAGAGGAGAUCGACAACAUUGUCUCGAAGCAAGACGAGAGAAAUAUGAAUUGCUGGGCGACAAGCUAUACCAGCAUGAUGAAAAAGCUACGCAGGUCCAUUGCGAAAGAGCCCAAGAUAUGGAAGGAUGGCUUCAGGACCACGUUGAUCCAAAUGGGCAGAGGUGGCCAAGAUGCGAGUCAAAAGUGGGUCCGAAAGUUUCAGGACACAAUGCGAGAGAUGGGAGAGGCAGAGAAGGAUGAGGUGGCAGAUUGGGUCGAGCACUUCAAGACGCUUCAGAAGAAGACUGGCCAGGAGACGAAGUGGCGGAAGCUGACGAAGGCUUCUCGAGAAUUGGCAGUCUCAAGCGCGAAGACACAGAACCAUGUGAUGCAGAUCAUUGAAAGAUGUCGGAAGGCAGAGCUCAAGCGCCUCAAGUGGCAAGCUUGGAAUCACAAGCAGUGGGUUAGAAAGUUUCGGCAAGCAGAAGACAAAGCUUUCCAAAUGCAGAAGGAGGAGGAGCUGAGACUCACAGAGGAGUUUUGGCAGGCUGUAAAGGAGUCGAACACUCAUGCAGCCAAGUCCUGA